CAAAAAGAAAAAAAACUGUAUGUAAUGUGUUACACAUGGAGUUUUUAUUUUUAUUUAUUUAACCUUUAUUUAGCCAGGUAAACAGUUUGAGAAACACUUCUCUUUUACAAACAUGACCUGGCAUGCACUGAGUGCAUUGUAAUUUACAAACCUACAAAUUCAGCCAUAGUAAAGUGAUUGUAAAUUUUAAUCGCUAUUAAAAUUUUUCUGCCCACGCAGCACUAAAAUUAAUCAGAGUUAACGUGAUUAAUUUCACUGCCCUAAUUACGAUAUAUAGGUUUGUUUGUUUGUUUGUUUGUUUCAUUUCUGCUGACUCAGAUGUUUUUUCAGGUUGCUGGUCAAUACUGUAGCUCAUUUUGUUUAUGCAAUGUAGAGGUCAGAGUCCAGUAUAAUCAGUAAUUUAUUUCCCCUGCCCUAGCAGAACUGAUAAAGCUGACAUUUUACCCUUGUACAGUAGCUCUUUAUCUUCAAUCAAAAGGAAGAUUUUUUCAUUUGGCUUUUGGCAGGAUGGAGUCUUUUMUUGCCACAGUUGGAUCCUAUGUUGAGUGGGACUUUAAAAGUCUGCUGCUGUUUGUGGCAGUUUUUAUCAUCGCUGCAGAUUAUAUUAAAAACCGUCGACCCGUUGGUUUUCCUCCAGGACCUCCAGCUCUUCCAAUUCUGGGCAACAUGUUCACUUUGGACAUGAACAGGACCCAUGAGAGCCUAAUGGAGCUGGCAAAGAAAUAUGGGAAUGUGUACAGUCUACGGUUUGGUCAGCAGCGGUCCGUAGUUUUAAAUGGGUUUGAAGCUGUGAAAGAAGGUCUGGCAACAAAGGGAGACAGCACAAUUGACCGUCCAAAUUUUCCUUUACAUGAGGAGAUUGUACAUGGGCUAGGUGUGAUUUUUAGCAYUGGGAAUAUGUGGAAACAGCAGAGACGUUUUGCACUUUCAACACUCAAGUAUUUUGGAUUUGGGAAGAAAUCUCUCGAACCUGUCAUAAUGGAUGAAUUCACACACUGUGCAGAAGAGAUCAGAGCCUAUAAUGCCAAGCCAUUCGAUCCACAUCUGGUCAUCAACAAUGCUGUUGCCAACAUCAUCUGCCAGCUGGUGUUUGGUCAUCGCUUUGAGUACGGUGAUGAGAGAUACACAAAGCUGAUGCUGCUGUUUGACAAAAGUCUCCAGGUCGAAGCCUCCAUCUGGGCACAGCUCUACAAUUCCUUCACUCUGCUGAUGAAAUGUCUGCCAGGUCCACAUCAGAUGGUCAAACAGAUCUGGAACGAGGUGAAGAAGUUCAUACAAGCAGAGCUGGAAGAGCACAAGAAGAAGUGGGAUCCCUCAGAGCUGAGAGAUUACAUCGACUGCUACCUGAAUGAGAUUCACAUGAAUCAAGGCCAAAAGGACAACACUUUCGAUGAGGAGAACUUGAUUAUGUGCGUUUUAGAUCUGUUCCUGGCCGGUUCAGAAACCACAUCCACCACCCUCCGCUGGGCCUUUCUCUACAUGGUAAAAUAUCCAGAAAUCCAAGAGAAGGUCCAGGCUGAGAUAGACAGAGUGAUUGGACAGUCCAGACAGCCAUCCAUGGAGGAUCGUGCAAACCUGCCCUACACCGACGCUGUGAUCCACGAGAUCCAAAGGAUGGGUAACAUAGCCCCUCUCGCUUUACCACAUGCCACUAAUAAAGAAGUCCAGCUGGGAGGCUACACCAUCCCAAAGGGAGUUCUGAUAAUUCCUAAUUUAGCUUCAGUGUUGUUUGACAAGAAUGAGUGGGAGACACCUUUCACCUUCAAUCCAGAACAAUUCCUGGAUAAAGAGGGCAAGUUUGUGAAACGAGCAGCUUUCAUUCCCUUUUCUACAGGAAAGCGUCUGUGCCUUGGAGAGAACCUGGCCCGGAUGGAACUGUUUCUCUUCUUCACCUCCUUCAUGCAGCACUUUACUUUCUCCAUGCCCGCUGGAGAUCAAGUUAGGAUGGAGUACCGCUAUGGAAUCACUCUAGCACCGAAACCAUAUGAAAUCUGCAUAACUCCUCGUCAAGAUC